AUGACCAAUGCAGAUGGUGUUGUUUUACCUAAACCAGAAGCACAAUGGAAUGCAGAAGAUGAGAAAAAAUGGUUGUAUGAUUGGAAAGCAAGGAAUGUUCUCAUAUCCUCUUUAGGAGUUGAUGGAUAUUAUCAUGUUUCUCAUUGUACAACCGCUAAAUCUAUUUGGGAUUCAUUGCAAGUUGCCCAUGAGGUUACUAAGGAAGUUAAACAAGCUAGAAUUAAUACUUUGAAUCAAGAGUUUGGACUCUUUCAUAUGAAGCAUGGUAAAAUUAUUAUCGAUAUGAAAAAGUGGUUCACUCAUCUUUUAAAUUGUUUGAAUGCACUUGGUAAGCCCGUUUCUAAUGAAAUUUCUACUAACAAAGUUCUAAGAUGUCUUAAUAGGGAAUAG